AUGACCACCAACAAAAUAACUCUUGUGGAGCAACUAGAUGCAUCAAAGGAUUUCAUAAACAUGAAAGUUAAGAUAAUCCGCCGAUGGAUUAAUCAAAUUCAAAGGCUUGAGAUGGUGUUGGUUGAUGAAAAGGGUGCAAAGAUUCAAUGUACUGUCAAGAAGGACUUGGUUCCUAUGUUUGAUGAACUAAUCAAGGAAGAUGCUGAUGUAAUUAUCAAGAGAUUUGGUGUUGGAAAAAACGAUGACCCCUUCCCUGAAAUUCAGUUUAAUGCGUUUCUGGAGCAGAACAAAUCUGAAGAGCAUGUGAUUGCCAUCAUGCAACAUGCUCUCAUUAAUGAAUGGAAGGAAAACUUGACAGUUAAAACUGAUAAAUUUGGUACAAGAAUUUUUAUAAAUGAAGAUAUCCAAGAGGCUAAUGACUUUAGGAGGAGGUUGAUACUUAAGGAAGGAGUUAAUGAAGUUUCCCAUACAACUUUAGCUUCACAGACUGUUUACCCAAAUCGCUUAGAGUUUAUCCUAAAUACCGAUAAGAAACAAUUGGAUGAAGUGAGAGAUUCUGAAGAGACUGGAGACUUUGUUGUGGUGGCCACAAUCGUUAUGCUUGAGCAAGAGUUUGGAUGGUUUUUUAUUGGCUGCCGCAAAGAUGGUAAGAAAGUGAUUACCAAGACGGAGUACUUGGAAGUUGCAGAUGAAAAUGAACUCACUGAUGAGCUGAUUAGUGCUCCAGCUGACAGUCUAUGGUAUCGAAAAAAAGCAAUUGCAACAGAAGUUGUACCCAAGUUCAGAGUUACCAUGAGAGUCCAAGACAGCACCGACAGUGCAUCCUUUGUCAUGUGGGACAGAGAUGUCCAAAAGUUGCUUGGGUUAAGUGCAAAUGAUAUUCGUCAAAGGCAAUUGAACAACAAAUAUGAUGAGUCUUACCCUCGUGAACUUGAAGGGCUCUUAAAUGUGAAAGUGGCAUGUAAGAUCAAGAUUGACAAAUACAAUCUGAAACACAAGGGCAGUACUUAUACUAUUAUCAAGAUGUGUGAUGAUCCUGAUAUCAUUGCUGAGUUAGAAGAACUAGCAGAACCAGAAAACAACAAUGAGGUCCAGGGAGAGCCUGCAAUGCCUGAAGUAGCAAUUGUUAAACUUGGUGAGGAGUCGCAAGGUACACCGGAUUCAAAGGAUGCAUUCUCGGUUACUGGCGAUUCUUUGGCCACCGAGAUUGAGAAAGAUAGUGAGACCAGUCCGUUGCAGAAAAGAGCUAAUGAAACUCCCGGUGUUGAAUCAACAAACAAGGUUGGGAAAAGGAUGCGCAGACCCAAAAUUUACUAG